AGGAAGCGAGCGCGCACUUCACUUCACUUUUGUCGUUUAGCAGAAACUCCUGGAUAUUAUUAUUAUUUUUUAUCAAUAAAUAUAUAUUUUAAUUGUUAUAUAUAUAAACCAAUCCAGCCGUCAGUCUGAUUAAAACCUGGAGAUGUGACGCUGUAUAAAUUACCUUGAAAAAACUUCACAUGAGUACAGAAAACAUCAUGACUGACAGCGGCAACAAAAGCAAACAGAGGCCUCCAAGGUGGCUGGACUAUGGCAGCAUCAAUGCGGAAGGCCGUUGGGACACAUGUCCUACCUGCCAAGGCACAGGACGAAUACCAAGAGGUCAGGAAGCCACACUGGUAGCAGUUAUUCCAUGCAGUGACCAAAGGCUAAAGCCUCGUCAUACGAAGCUGUAUGUAUUCAUUUCGGUUACAUUGUCUCUCCUGACUUGUUUCCUGAUCCUGUACUUCCUCUUUCCUCGGAGCAUGGACAUAUCCCCUGUAACUCUUCAGUCCUCAGCCAUCUAUUUCACACCCAAUAAAAUUGAGAUGAUAAUUACUAACAGACUAAACCUCAGCAAUCAAAACUUUGUCAUGAUUGAAGUUCGUGAUCUGGAUUUGCAAGUCCUGAUUAAUGAGACAGUGGUUGGAAGGACCAAAAUUCCAAAUGUGACCUCAGUCCCUCCACGCUCGCAGAAAACAUUCACUGUGGUAACUAACAACACCAUUGAUGAUCCUGGCCUGAAUAACUACUGCAAGUUGACUUCCAUUCGGAUCCACACCCUGUUUUUGCAUUUGCAAAUGACUGUAAAGGCCUCCUACCUUUCUCAUGAGGAACAACUGUCUAUUGAUACAUUUGAAUAUGUUGAUUGCGGAAGAAACACGACAGUUCCUCAUACUCUUCCACAGUUUCACUGACAGACUGGAUAUGGUGACACAAUAUUAGAAACCAAAGGGAACAUAGGUAGAGAAUGCUGAAGUAGAUUUUAAGAAAAUGACAGUGUCUUGCUUUAAAUGUUUGAAUGUACUUACAGUGGUUUGCAUACCUAUUUCACAUGUGGCCUGGAAGAUUAUGUUAAAUGUAAAAAAAUUUCCCUGGAAUGAACUACAAACCACUGGAGCUAAUGCUAAGUUAAAGUGCCUCCUCCCUACUGUACAUAUUCACAGUGAAUAUUUUUAAAGCACCCCUGAAUGUGUUAUUUUACAUGAUUAAACAGAAUCAGGCACUGGCAGCCCAGCUAUAAAUGAGCUGAACCCCUUACCCUUCCACUGGCGCCUCCUACACAUAAAGUGGUUUUCCUGGUGCUUCUGCUCCAGAAACAGGGGCGAUGCGGUGCAACUGGGGCAGUCCGCUCUCCCAGUGCGUCUCCCUUGGGAAGCCCUAAUACGCCAAAAGAAUGCUGUUGUGAUGUAUAGGAAACCCUCCACCUGGAACAAAUCAAUGUUCUUGAGGCGCAGGGAUUGACAGAUUACACACUAUGCCUCCAUGUUCCAUGUGUCACCCUAACUAGGCAGCACAGAGGGACACAACUCCACAGCAUGAGUGAGCUGCUAAACUCAAUUCCACUGCCACCAAAUUAUAAAAUGUAUAUAAUAAUAAGCAUUAACUAAUUGCUUACUUACUGCUUAUUAACUAACUGCAUCAUGCAAAUACAAUGAAUUUUUUUUUUGUGAUAUACUGUAAAGUAGUCAAUGUCAAAAUACUCUUGCAAGAAAAAGUAAGUGAACCCUUUGGUUUGCAUGUUAAGUAAGUCACAAUGUAACUGAACUAAUAACACACAAACAGUUGUACCAUU